AUGAAGCAGUAUGCUCAGAAAACCGAAGACGUCGAUAAAAAUCAUUCAGGAAGUAGUGAAAGCGAUGCGGAAAAUGAAAGGGAAAGCAACGUGGCAACCCCAAACGGGCUGGGACAGCCGCGACAAGGACCAAACGUGGCGAACUUGGUGAGACUUCAAGACUGCUUGAAGGGACCGGCGCUUGAAUCGGUUCGUGGCCAACUUAUCUUCCCAAAAUCCGUUCCACGCAUAAUCGCAAAGCUACGUCAGUUUUACGGACGUCCGGAGCAGGUACUUCAGAACCAUCUGGAAAAGGUUCGCAAACUGGAACCACCCAGGGCCGACAAACUGGCUAGUUUCAUACCGUUCGGGAACGCUGUGGAACAGUUGUGCGAGCACUUGGAAACAGCAGAUCUCACUCUCCACUUGGUUAACCCGAUCCUUAUCCAGGAUCUAGUUAACAAACUUUCGGACGGAGAAAAACGGAAAUGGGUCCACUACAAGCGAAAGAAGAAUGCAGCGACACUUCGAACGUUUACCGCUUUACUGUCGGGCAUUGUGACUGAUGCCUGCGAAGCGAACAUCAACAUCGAGUAUAAGUCGGACACGAAAGCGGUAGCAGAAGUAAGCGGAAGAAAUAGGCCGAAGGAAAAAGCGGAGGUGUACAGUCAUAGUGAGGUGAUGUCUUCCGCUGUAAACGAGACCUGCAGGAAGCAGCAGAACCCAUGCAAGUUAUGUCAGCGCUCGGACCACCAACUGCGGUUCUGUCAGGACUUCAAGGACUAA